CUUACACCAAUUUCCCCUGUGAGCGAACGCCAAUGGUCUGAUCCAUUUGCAGACAUCUCCGUUUCCCAUGUAAGGCCUCUCUUUCCCUCUCUCUCGAUUCUUCCAUUAUCGUCUUCGUCUUCUCGUCGUGAAUCGUUCAAUCGGGUCCGUUAGUCGAACGAACUCGCUGUUUUUGGGGAUUGUGAUGAAAUUCAGGUGUUUUUUGCUGUAGCUUCUAUUCUCACAAACGCAUUCUCUCAGGUGCUUUUUGGUGCGUGUUUGAUUAUCUUGUUUAUGUAUUGAUCUCCGAUCGCGAUCCGGCGGUCAAGGUCUGAUUGGGAAUUCUUUUGGUUUUGUAUUGUGUAUUUUUGGUACUGAUUUCAGAACUGGAGCUGAACUUGGGUUAGGCUAGGGUUUGGAUUUUUGUUUUUUCUUUCCCUUUCUGUUGUUGUGUAGUUGGUUUAGAAUUGUGUUGUGAAUGUGUAUGUGGAAUGGGGGUGAUUUGGGUUUAGGGGUUUUGAAUUUGGGUUGAUAAGAUAGGAAUUUGGGGAGUGUUGUUAGGUUGGAAUCUGAUGAGACGUCGUCCAACGACGACUAUUCUGCCUGACCAAAUGGAUAAGGGAAUGCCCAAGAAUCAGCAAACCCGCCUCUGUUUCUUAGCUUCAUUGUCCGCACUUUUCUGGGUUUUGUUGCUGUACUUUCAUUUUGUUGUGCUUGGCAAUAGUAAUGUUGAUGAAUCUGUACAACUGACCACCAUUCCUGUUGCCACUCAGUCGCACAUUACCAGUGUGAUUACUUCCCCGCCAGAAGUUACCAAUUUGGCAAAAUCCCCUUAUCCUGAAUUGAAUAAGGAAACCUCUCUUGCUCAAUCGAGUGAAGAAAAGGAAACCUCUCAUGCUCAAUCGAGUAAAGAAAAAGAAACCCCUGAUCUGGAAAUGAAAAAAGAAAGCCAUGAUCGAGAGCUGGAUAAUUAUCCCUUUAUGAGAGCAUUGAGAACUGUUGAGAACAAGAGUGAUCCAUGUGGUGGAAGGUAUAUUUAUGUUCAUGAUCUUCCACCUCGGUUUAACGAGGAUAUGCUGAAGGAGUGCAAGAGUCUUAGUCUUUGGACCAACAUGUGUACGUUCACAAGUAAUGCUGGGUUGGGUCCUCCACUUGAGAAUGUUGAAGGUGUGUUCUCCAAUACAGGGUGGUACGCAACCAAUCAGUUUGCUGUUGAUGUGAUAUUCAGCAACAGGAUGAAGCAAUAUGACUGCUUGACAACGGAUUCUUCUAUUGCUGCUGCAAUUUUUGUGCCCUUUUAUGCAGGAUUCGAUAUUGCACGGUAUCUUUGGGGCUAUAAUAUAUCAGUGCGGGAUGCAGCUUCACUCGAUUUGGUUGAUUGGCUUAUGAAGAGGCCAGAGUGGAAGAUUAUGGGAGGGAAGGACCAUUUUCUUGUUGCAGGAAGGAUAACAUGGGAUUUUAGGAGACUAACUGAUCUUGAAUCAGACUGGGGUAAUAAACUUUUGUUUCUGCCGGCUGCAAAGAAUAUGUCAAUGCUUGUUGUUGAAUCUAGCCCUUGGAAUGCAAAUGAUUUUGGCAUCCCUUAUCCAACCUACUUCCAUCCGGCAAAGGAUGCUGAUGUGUUUAUUUGGCAGGACAGAAUGAGGAAGUUGGAGAGGAAGUGGCUUUUCUCUUUUGCUGGUGCACCACGUCCUGGUAACACAAAGUCAAUUAGGGGCCAGAUCAUCGAUCAGUGCAGGACGUCCAAGGUUGGCAAACUUUUGGAAUGUGAUUUUGGGGAGAGCAAGUGCCAUUCACCAAGCAGUAUCAUGCAGAUGUUCCAGAGUUCUCUUUUCUGCCUACAACCUCAGGGUGAUUCAUACACCCGAAGAUCUGCUUUUGACUCAAUGCUGGCCGGGUGCAUACCUGUCUUUUUCCAUCCUGGUUCUGCAUACACACAAUACACUUGGCAUCUUCCGAAGAACUUUUCAAGUUACUCAGUGUUCAUUCCGGAGGACGAUAUUCGAAAAAGGAAUGUCAGUAUAGAGGAAAGACUUGGCCAAAUUCCACCUGAGCAGGUGAAGGCGAUGAGGGAGGAGGUCAUAAGUCUGAUUCCAAGGUUGAUAUAUGCUGAUCCUCGCUCUAAACUGGAGACUCUUAAGGAUGCCUUUGAUGUAGCCGUACAAGCAGUGAUUGGGAAGGUUACAAAGUUGAGAAAGGACAUUAUUGGGGGUCAAACAGAUGAUAAUUUUGUGGAGGAGAACAGUUGGAAAUAUGAUUUGUUAGAGGAAGGACAACGAGAAGUGGGACCUCAUGAAUGGGAUCCUUUCUUCUCAAAACCAAAGGACCAGAAGGGGGAUUCUGGAGGUUCAUCUGCAGAGGCAGCUAAAAAUUCCUGGAAGAAUGAGCAAAGACAUCAAUCUUGACCGCUAGGCAACGAUUCAUGGAUUAGGAGUUCUAGUACUAGAGAUGCCUAACAACUGGAAACAGGAGCCUAAAACAAGACUCUCUGCUACAAAUCAGGGCUAGAAGGCAGGUAUGAACUCACCCAUACAAGUGAACUUACCAGGUUGUGAAGCCCCCCAACCUUGUCUAAACUCAAAAGCAUAGAAACAUAUUUUCUGCUUCUAAUAUAUUUUCUUAUAGGAUUUUUGUUUCUCGCCUUAUGUAUUUUGUUCAUUAUUUUUUUUGUAAUGCAUUCAACACAUGUACUGCUGCAUAGUUGAGAUUUCUUUCAUCAUUUCAUGUACGGAAUGCUCUUAUCCCAGUCAAGUAUACAGGAAGCAAUAUUGAGUUAUCAAAGCUUUAUUGAUAGUCAAA